AUGUGUGUGGUGCAUUUGAAGGGCUUCUAUGAAGCACUGGAAGUUCGUCAAAAUGCCACUCAGUCUCAGAUAAAGGAGGCUUACUACAGACUCUCAAAGAUCUAUCACCCAGAUCGAAACAAACUUGGAGGAGAGGGGGCAGCAGAGAAUUUUCGCAUGAUCAAGGAAGCCUAUGAAGUGCUUGGGAAUACCAAGCUAAGGAAACUUUAUGACAAAGGACUCUUGCAUACUGCAACAAACUUCAGAGAAAGCACUUUUGAGUCUGAGGAGCGAGAUGAACAGAUUCAUGUACGACAGCCAAGAAGGAGGCCAGCAACUGGACGAACUGCUGCAUAUGACUUUGACCAAUGGACCAAGGCACACUACUCAGAGACAUUUCAAAGGAGGGCUACAGCAAAGGGACGCUAUGAAGACAUGAUGGCUGCCAAGGCCAAGAAGCACACUCAGAUUCACUUCCUAUUCUUGUUGAGUCUAAUCAUCUUUGUGGUGGCUUCUUUUAUAAAAAUUGCCCGUGGACUUUCAGAGCUUGAUAAUAUCAAACAACCUCAAAAAUCCAAAGAUCGGGUAGACAGGUGA